AUGGACCAGAAACUGAAGAAAUGGGAAAAGACACGUGGCCAGAAAGGGCUUGGUAGAAGAGCUGUCAGUGGGGACAAGUCACUGCCAGCCCAGCAGGAACCUCCUGACACGACGUGGACCUUAUGUGAUGAGGAUGUGUGCUAUGAGACUAGCUUUCGGGUUGUUGAAGAGGAUUCCUUCUCUGACUGUUACAUAGAAUGCAUAAUAAGAGGUGAGUUUUCUGAACCUAUCACGGAAGAGGACUCACUUCUUAAGUCCUUUGACUGUCUGAAAGAAGGAUCAGAACAAGAGCUUUCUCAACAGGCUCUUACGGCAAGCUCACUUCUUGAACGUUCCUUGGAAUACAUGAAAAAGGGGGCAAAACAAGAACUUCCUCAACAGUUUGGUGGAGAGAAUUCACUUCUUGAGUCUUCUGAGUACAUGACAGGCAAGAAGCUUCCUCCUGGAGAAAUACCCAGCACUGACUUUUCAGAUCCUCAACAGCUCACAGCAUGCACUAAAAUGAAGCCAAGUACAAAUAAAGAAUAUGAUGCUCCAGAAAAAAUUGUUUGUCCUCAGAGUGGAUGCAUAAGAGAGUUCAAGAAUAGAGCAUCCCUGAGAAAGCAUCUCCGGGUUCAUAGUCCCCGAGAUCACGUAUGUGCAGAAUGUGGGAAAGCCUUCAAGGAGAGUGCAAAACUAAAAAGACAUUUUCUGGUUCAUACUGGAGAGAAGCCAUUUCCGUGUACUUUUGAAGGGUGCGGAAAACGUUUUUCCCUGUCCUUCAAUUUGCGUACACAUGUGCGCAUCCACACUGGGGAGAAACCUUUUGUAUGUCCCUUUGAAGGCUGUCGCAAGAAGUUUAUUCAGUCAAAUAACAUGAAAGCGCACCUCUUAACUCAUUCAAAGGCCGAAAUGAGUCAGUGA